AUGUCAAACUCGGAAUUCCUUCAGAAAGCGAUUGAUAUCGUUAAAAAAGCAACAGACGAAGACCACAAGGGCAACUAUCGAGAAGCCUAUGGUCACUAUCAGAAUGCCCUCGACUACUUCAUGACCGCUAUCAAAUAUGAAAAGAAUGACCGUCUCAAAGAUUCUAUCCGGAAACGUUUCAUUGAAUACUUGAACCGUGCUGAGAUCCUGAAGGAGUUCCUCGAUAGUCAAGAUGAAAAGAAGGACGAAGAAGUGGGCACCAAUGGCACUACCAAGAAAAAAAAGAAAGGGGUUGCCGAAGAAGACGAUGACGAUCCGGAGAUGAAGAAGAUGCGAGCCAACUUGGCGAGCGUGAUCCUGACAGAGAAGCCCAAUGUGCGCUGGAGUGAUGUUGCAGGCCUAGAAGGUGCCAAGGAAGCUAUCAAGGAAGCUGUGAUCUUGCCUAUCAAAUUCCCUCAUUUCUUUACCGGCAAUCGCAAACCAUGGAGAGGUAUCUUGCUCUAUGGUCCUCCUGGUACUGGUAAAUCAUACCUUGCCAAGGCCGUAGCCACUGAAGCCAAUUCUACGUUCUUUUCGGUGUCAUCAUCCGAUCUUGUAUCAAAAUGGUUGGGCGAGAGUGAAAGACUCGUCAAGCAAUUAUUCCAAAUGGCACGAGAAAACAAGCCAGCUAUUAUUUUCAUCGAUGAGGUGGAUUCACUUUGUGGUUCUCGAGGUGAAGGAGAAUCGGAAGCUGCUCGCCGCAUAAAGACGGAGUUCCUUGUGCAAAUGAAUGGUGUUGGCAAUGACAUGGAUGGUGUCUUGGUGCUUGGUGCUACAAACAUUCCUUGGCAAUUGGAUCUUGCUAUUCGACGACGCUUUGAAAAACGUAUUUAUAUUCCCCUUCCUGACGCGCAUGCAAGAGCAACCAUGUUCCAAUUGAAUGUCGGCACCACACCCUGUACAUUGACUGCCGCUGAUUACAAACUCUUGGCCGAUCGUACUGAAGGUUAUUCGGGUUCGGAUAUUGCCAUUUUGGUACGAGAUGCUUUAAUGCAACCUAUUCGUAAAGUGCAAAGUGCAACACAUUUCAAAUGGGUGGAAGCACCCUCAAGGCAGGAUACCAAUACCAUGAAACGCUACUUGACACCAUGCUCACCUGGUGAUCCUGAUGCACAAGAAAUGACCUGGGUGGACAUUGAAGCUGAACAAUUACAUGAGCCCGACCUUACUUUGCAAGACUUUUUGAAGGCUGUCCAAAACUCCCGCCCAACGGUGAAUGGCGAUGAUAUCCAACAACAUGUCAAGUUCACAAAUGAUUUCGGUCAAGAAGGAUAA